AAUGUAUGACAACAUGUCCACAAUGGUGUAUCUAAAAGAAGACAAAUUGGAAAAGCUCACUCAGGAUGAGAUUAUUUCCAAGACUAAACAAGUGAUUCAAGGCCUAGAAGCCUUGAAGAAUGAGCACAAUUCCAUCUUACAGAGUUUACUUGAGACACUAAAAUGUUUGAAGAAAGAUGACGAGACCAAUCUGGUGGAAGAAAAAUCAAACAUGAUUCGAAAGUCUUUAGAAAUGCUAGAAUUGGGACUAAGUGAAGCUCAGGUGAUGAUGGCUUUGUCAAACCACUUAAAUGCUGUAGAAUCAGAGAAGCAGAAAUUACGUGCCCAGGUUCGUAGGCUAUGUCAAGAAAACCAGUGGCUAAGAGAUGAACUUGCUAAUACCCAGCAGAAAUUACAAAAAAGUGAACAGUCUGUGGCUCAGCUAGAAGAAGAAAAGAAGCACCUUGAAUUCAUGAAUCAGUUAAAAAAAUAUGAUGAUGAUAUAUCACCUUCAGAGGACAAAGACGCAGAUUCUGCCAAAGAGCCAUUGGAUGAUUUAUUCCCCAAUGAUGAAGAUGACCAAGGACAAGGAAUUCAACAGCCACAUAGCAGUGCAGCAGCAGCUGCCCAACAGGGUGGUUAUGAGAUUCCAGCACGAUUAAGGACCCUUCAUAAUCUUGUCAUUCAGUAUGCUUCCCAAGGUAGAUAUGAGGUUGCAGUACCACUUUGUAAGCAAGCUCUUGAAGACCUUGAAAAGACUUCAGGUCACGAUCACCCUGAUGUUGCCACUAUGUUGAACAUACUUGCAUUAGUAUACAGGGACCAGAAUAAAUACAAAGAUGCAGCAAAUUUACUGAAUGAUGCCCUGGCCAUUCGUGAAAAGACCUUAGGCAAAGAUCAUCCCGCGGUUGCAGCAACUUUAAAUAAUCUUGCUGUACUUUAUGGGAAAAGAGGAAAAUACAAGGAAGCUGAACCUUUAUGCAAGAGAGCUUUGGAAAUCAGAGAAAAGGUGCUGGGAAAAGACCAUCCAGAUGUUGCCAAACAGUUAAAUAAUUUGGCAUUACUAUGUCAGAACCAGGGGAAAUAUGAAGAAGUAGAAUACUACUAUCAGCGAGCACUUGAGAUCUACCAAACAAAACUGGGGCCAGAUGAUCCAAAUGUAGCGAAAACAAAGAAUAAUUUGGCAUCCUGCUAUUUGAAACAAGGGAAAUUUAAGCAAGCAGAAACUUUGUACAAAGAGAUUCUUACUCGUGCCCAUGAAAAAGAAUUUGGCUCCGUGGAUGAUGAAAACAAACCGAUCUGGAUGCAUGCUGAGGAGAGAGAAGAAUGCAAAGGAAAACAAAAAGAUGGCACUACAUUUGGUGAAUACGGAGGCUGGUACAAAGCUUGCAAAGUUGACAGUCCAACAGUUACAACUACUUUAAAGAAUCUUGGAGCACUUUACAGACGUCAAGGCAAAUUUGAGGCUGCUGAAACACUGGAAGAGGCAGCAAUGAGGUCCCGUAAACAGGGACUUGACAAUGUUCACAAACAAAAAGUUGCUGAAGUACUUAAUGAUCCAGAAAGUAUAGAGAGAAGGCAAAGCCGUGAGAGCCUUAAUAUUGAUGUGGUAAAGUAUGAGAGUGGACCAGAUGGAGGAGAAGAAGUGAGUAUGAGCUUAGAAUGGAAUGGGGAUGGCAGUGGAUCAUUAAAACGCAGUGGUUCCUUUAGCAAACUUCGUGCUUCAAUUAGACGCAGCAGCGAGAAGCUGGUUAGAAAACUGAAGGGAGGAAGUUCACGAGAAAGUCCUGGCAUGAAGCGUGCCAGUUCAAUGAAUAUUCUUAACAUGGGUGGCAAAGCAACUGAAGAUCAUUUUCAAGGACGAACUAAUUGUCUGACAGAUUCAAGAGCUAAGAGUGUCAGUCACACUGAUUUGGCCCACUGAGAUUCUGGAACAGAUGCUAGCUAAAAAUGUUCAUAUGAAUUAUGAAGCACUGAGAUUCACAGGUUUUGGUGGUUCCUGUUAAUUUUUUUAGCACUUUCUAGGUUAAAGACAUAACAGAAUGGACUAUUUCUAGGCUCUCUUAAAAUAACUGGCAUUUUAAAGAAUCCUAGAGUUAGCAAUUAGCUUCUUUCUGAAGCAUGCUCAAUUUGUUGCAUUGUUACUAGCAAUACGGAGUUGUGUUACAGAUAGCUGUAUAGCAGUAUUCAUAAACAGAAGAAAAUAUGCCCACAAAAUAGAAAAAGAACUGAAGAAUAAAAAAAUGCAAAAGCUUUCUUCAACAUGCUGUUUUAAAACUGUUACAGGAGCAUUCAUUAUUAACUAUGUAUGCAUUUGCUAGAAUGAGGUUUACAUUAAGUUCAUCGCUGUAUGGAAUAAGGAUUCUGUACACACAUUAUAGAUUACAGAUACAGAAAUUGUCAUGUAUCUUAUGUCAUUCGGGUUUUAAAUCAGGAAGACAAGAUACUGGUUAAUUGGAAUGGAAGAACUUUGACAUCUCUUGAAAAUGACAAUAGCCAAUUAAUUGUAGCUUUCUUCGAUCUAAAAAUUGAUGAAAGUGGUGCAAUUUACUUUAACCUGGAAGAGAAAAGCAGAAUAGGCUAAAAACCCAUCAGGUUUUCAGUCUUUUCAUUUUAGUCCCACAGAACACUCCUUUUUUUUCUCAGUCCAGAAUUAUAAGUACUUAACUGCCUCUUGAAUCUGACUUCUAUUUCAGUUUGGAUUAAGAAAGGGGAAAAAUAAGUACUGUACUAUGAAGUUGUGGCUUGCAAGAGGGUCUCAUAAGAAAUUUGUCAGGAUAAAAAAAAGCCUAAUAGUGCAAUUUGUUUCAAUCUUCCAUUGAUUUAUUACUCUCUUGGGUGAUAAAGGUCUUUCUUCUCAGGGAAGGACAAGUGUUUCAUCAUUUGAUUUUGAAGUCACAUUUAAUGAAAUGUAUUUAUCUGCUUCCAUUUGACAAUACUAUUAUUUGCAAGCAGGAAGUAGGAAAUGUGUGCAAGUCAUGAUUGCAUACCACCAAAAUUAAAUCUCUGCCCAGUAGGAAUAACCAAGCUAAAUUAAUUUUGCUUACUUUUUUGCAGUACAAUCAAUGUUAAUGUGGAUUGUAGAGGUUAAAGCUCUAAAAGGAAUAUAUUAUAGUUUUAUAAAAAAUUACAUGUAACAAGAUUUAUGGUGAAACUACAUCACUCCAGUGUUUAAAUGAAAACACAAAUCUGGUUACUGCUGCUGACUAUGUCGAGGUUUUGUGAGAACAUUGCAUAUCAUUUGUAAAUCUGAGUGAAUUCAACUUGCAGGUUCACAAUGGAGUUGGUUAUAUUGUUCUUAACCAUCUUAGUUAAAUUCUAAAAUUCUGAACAGACUUUGGAAAGCAAGUACAAAGAACCCAAAAGUUGAACUAAGAUACAAUGACUCCAUUUUUAAAUUGUUGUAUUUGCAUUCCUGUCUGAAAAGACUUUACAUUGGUGGUAUGUUCUAAUAAAAUUUCAUCUGUUACUCAAAGUGGAGUAUAAAUAUGCCUUAUUCAAUAUAUUUUUGAGAAUAAGAGCAUUAGAUAAGGUUUAAAGCUCUUUGAGAUGGUUAGGUUAUUAAAAUACUAGUCUCCCUUAUUUUUAACAAUUUUUCCAAUUUUUGUUUUUUUAAGGAGAAAAAGAUGUUUAAAUAAAAUGUUCUUCCGUAUGGAAACAUGGUUAUGAGUUGCAUUGCCCUUCGUGUUUAAUGUUUUUUU